AAGUGAUCUCACUUCCUUGAAAAGCAGUCAGAGUGUGGCGUUCUCUCCUCUUUUCUCUCUGCGUUAUGAGUCUCUACAGCACCCCAGCGAAGGAUCUGGAUAAGUUCAUUUAUGACUCUCUUCAGCCCAACAUGGACUUUUUGGAUCGGGUCUCCAGGGACGUGGACACCAUCUGUUCUUUUCUGAAGGAGAACUGCUUCCGAGAUUCUCCCCCUCCCCAGACCAAGGUGUUGAAGGUCGUAAAGGGCGGUUCGUCCGGAAAAGGCACAGCUCUGAAAGGGGCUUCUGAUGCUGACCUGGUGGUCUUUCUCAAUGUCUUCAAAAGUUACUCAGACCAAGAAAAAGACCGGAAGGAGAUCAUUGGGGAGAUUAGGAAGAAGCUUGAGGAAUGUGUCAAACAGAAAGGCAUGCAGGUGGAGAUUGAACCAACACCAUGGCCUAAUCCGCGUGUGCUGAGUUUCACCUUUUACUCUUGGGAUGGCGAGGAAUCCACUGAAUUUGAUGUGUUACCAGCGUAUGAUGCUCUCGGCCAGCACAGAAAAGGUGAGCGACCCGACCCCCAGGUGUACAUCGACCUGAUCCAGAUCAGCUCCCGUGGGGGUGAGUUCUCCCCUUGCUUCACGGAGCUGCAGAGAGAUUUUGUCGUUAAGCACCCCACCAAGCUGAAGAGUCUCAUCCGCCUGGUGAAAUACUGGUACAAAGAGCAUAUCUAUCCGUAUAAGUCGCAGCUCCAACGUGGGAAGUCCUUGCCUCCCAAAUAUGCCCUGGAGCUACUGGCUGUCUAUGCUUGGGAACGAGGGAGCCAAAAGACGGAUUUCGACAUGGCAGAAGGGUUCCGGACGGUGCUUUGGCUCAUCCAGCAGUACCGGCAGCUCUGCAUAUUUUGGACUAUCAACUACGACUUUCAGGAUGAGACCCUCGGACGAUACCUGCGCAACCAGCUCCAGAAACCCCGACCUGUCAUCCUGGACCCGGCUGAUCCAACUGGGAAUGUCGGAGAAGGUUGCUGGGAUCUGGUCGCUCAAGAAGCUGCAAUCUGUUCUCAACAGAUAUGUUGCACGACUUUCGAUGGGCGUCCAGUGGCUUAUUGGGAUGUUCCAACUUCAAGUGACAGACUUCAGUUGCACUCUGGGUCAUUUAUCCGCCAUGAGGAACCUCCGCAGGAAGAAACUUGGUACUGCACCAUUCUUAACAGGAUGCCCGAGGCCAUCCGGGUUGCCAAGGGAUAUGAACAUAUGGGACAGGAGUGCGAUGUGGACAGUGAGAAGCUAUUGAGUAAGAACAGGGAAGCAUCUCCAGCCCCGACGCGCCAGAUCGCGUUGGGCGAGCGGGGAAGAUUUCGGAGGCUUUUUAUUCGGGUCCUUUGCGCCUGGAAAGCAGCGGGAGCGAUGGCCCUUCGUCUGAACGUCAAGCUCCUGACCGGAGAGCUUCACUCCUUGAUCACGUCACCCAGCAGGACCGUCUGGGACUUCAAGGUCCAGGUGGAGGAGAAGACAGGGGUGUCCCCUUACCAGCAGAGGCUGGCCUGCCAGAAGGGCACGUGCGUCGACCUGGCGGACAACACGCCGCUCUCCGCUUACGGGCUGGAAUCCGGGAACACCCUCCUGCUCAUCGUGAAGAACGAGGAAUCCAUCCGGGUCUUCCUGAAGAACGACAGAGGGAGAACCAGCACCUACCUCGUCCUCCCUUCCGAUCUGGUGUCCCAGUUCAGAGAGCAGGUUCAGCGGCAGGAGAACAUCCACACCGACCAGUUCUGGCUCGUCUACGAGGGGAAGCCCCUGGAGAACGGCCACAAGUUGUCCUACUAUAAGAUUGCGCCCAACGGCACCAUCUUCUUGAACCUGCGUCUUCGCGGGGGCUGGAUGGAUCAGCCGAGAUGCCCUCCGUGUCUUGGAUGAGAGAGACGCACGCCUUCUGAGCUUGUCCUCUUGUACGCUGUGAACUUUCGUAGCAUAUAAAUUAUAGGAGCUGACAUUUAGUCUGGCCCAAAUAUGGUUUCCAUGUAGCAUGUUCUCUUCCUGAAUUGUUCCCCUUCAACCUGAUCCUCACCAGCGUUUUGUGACUUUUAACAACGGCUGCGCCAAGAUGUGUAUCUUUUUCCUCUUCCCUCCUCCUCGCCUUUUCCUUUCGGGCUGCCUCUUUUCCUGCGCAGCCAUUGUCAUGGAUUUGCAUUUUUGUUUUGUUACGUUUUAGUUCAAUCUUUGGUUUGUGGGGUGUAUUUAGGAGUCAAAAUUUCUUCUUCGGUGGUAAGGCCGCCCAGAGUCAUACUGAGCGCUCAGUGGAGUGGUCCCUAAAUAUUUGAAAUAAAUAUAUAAAUUCAUGCAGAUGAUUGCCGUUCCUGUAAACAUGUCCUGAAGCUUGAAGGGUAGAAUAGAAAGGUUCCAAACAAAUAAUGUUAUCUGUAUUUAUAGUUUUGUCUACCGUUGGCUCUGCUUGUACUUUCUGUUUGCAAUACCUUUGCUGAUAUUUAGGUUAAAUAAAUAAAACAAGGGGGAAAAAGUCAUCUUA